UAAAAAGUUUGACAAAUGCGCCGAACCCGAGAGAACAGGCGAAACUCAGUUGUGCUAGAAGCCACUCAAACAAGGGUUCCUUUCCUUCGUCUUUGUAGUUCUAGCUCACUUGUUAUCCCCUCUAAUGAUAUCCGGUGAACUGGAUCUCCCCUGGUGGCGGUAGCUCUAGUGUUCUACGGCGGAGUCGACAACGGAUAAGGUUGCUGACAUAGCAAAACAUUGAUUUCUAGUUUAUUGAAUUUGAGGAGACUUUGAAGGACAUCUGGACAGGAAAGAGAGACUGAUGUGGUUACGUUGUGCAAAACCCUUUUGCCACAUAGAGGCGUUGAGAAAAUCUUCUAAAUCUCCAUGGAUUUUUUUGUCUUUGUUCUCUUGUUCAGACAUUCCUCACACAAAAGCAAAGUGUGCCCCUUUACAGGAAACCAGAAUGAGAGAUCGGUUUAUGCUAAAUGCUAAGGGAGGUGAUGGUGGCAAUGGUUGUUCCAGCUUUCGCCAUAGUCGGCAUGAUCGCCAUGGCAGACCUGAUGGUGGAAAUGGUGGAAGAGGUGGUGAUGUGAUUUUACAGUGCUCCCCUGCAAUCUGGGACUUUAGUGGUUUGCACCAUCAUGUUAAUGCAGGAAAAGGGGGUCAUGGAGCUUCGAAGAGUAUGAUAGGAACUCGAGGGGAAGAUAAGGUUGUCCGAGUUCCUGUCGGCACUGUAAUUCAUCUUUUGAAGGGUGAACUUCCAUCUGCUAUUAAAAACUGUUCCAAAACAGACUUAGACCCCUGGGAACUUCCAGGCACUCUCCAUACUGAUCAAUUAGAAUCUCACCAGCAAUCUGUCUCUAAGAGCACAUACGUAGAAAAAGAAGUUGAGCCAUUGGAUAUUACUGGUGGCUCAUCAGCUCAAGCUAAAGGAACUGCAGAGGAAUUUGCAAGCACGAAAGCCAUUCAAGCAGAUUCAGCAGGUGUGGAACAUAUACACUAUGAUGUUGCAGAGUUAACAAAACCAGGUCAGCAAAUAAUUGUUGCUCGAGGAGGGGAGGGUGGUUGGGGUAAUGUGUCUUCUCCAUAUGUUUCAAAGAAGGCUAAGUUUGGUAAGCCUGGAGUCAAUAGGGAUAAUGCCUUUGAUCCUGAAAUGUCCAGUGAGGAUCAGUCCUGCCUUAGCUGUGGUUUGCCUGGCUCAGAGGCUGUUCUUGUAUUGGAACUGAAAAGCAUUGCUGAUGUGGGCCUUGUUGGAAUGCCAAAUGCUGGUAAAAGUACUCUUUUGGGAGCUUUAUCCAGGGCAAAACCUAGGGUAGGUCAUUAUGCCUUCACGACUCUUAGACCAAAUUUAGGUAAACUGAAGUUUGAUGACUUCUCAAUCACAGUGGCUGAUAUUCCAGGACUCAUAAAGGGUGCUCAUGAGAAUCGUGGACUUGGACAUGCUUUCCUACGGCACAUAGAACGUACUAAGGUUUUGGCUUAUGUGCUAGACUUGGUUGCUGGAUUAGAUGGUAGAAAGGGAUUUCCACCAUGGGAACAAUUGAAAGAUUUAGUUUUAGAGCUUGAGCAUCAUCAAGAUGGCCUGUCUGAUCGGCCAUCCUUGGUUGUGGCGAAUAAAAUUGAUGAGGCAGGGGCUGAAGAAGUGUAUGAAGAAUUGAAAAGAAGAGUUCAGGGUGUUUCUAUAUAUCCAGUAUGUGCUGUCUUGGAGGAAGGGGUACCAGAACUGAAAGCUGGUCUUAGGAUGCUUAUGGAUAGUGGAAAUUUGCAGAGACUUAGUCUAGAUAAAAUUGAUUGUUCAUGAUAAAUUUGAUAGAAGAUACUAAUUCUGUUUAUGAUAGGUUUAAGUUAAUGAAAAAUUACGCGCAACAUAUUGAGUUUCAUAUGGCACCUUAGGUAUCUUGAAAAUUGAUCCUGCACAUGAAUUACUGGAAUAUUUCUGCUGUAACACGUCAGAUAGGCAGGUAGCUGUUGAAGGAUCUACUGCAAUGAGAGUGUUUCCUUGUUUAAUUCGUGCA